UAUUGAUGAUUAUUGGUGGGGGCGUGGUCUGGUUCUAAUUUAAAAUGAUUUAAUCCUCAUCCUGCCCUAUGAUUGGCUGAGAAAGCUGUCAGACAUUCGUUACGCAGGGCCUAAAAACAGAUUGAGCCGCUUCUAUUGGUCUGAUCCCGUGUCAAAGUGUCUCAGAGCGUCGGUGUUUUUCAACGAGAGACAGACCGGAGAGAAGAGAAGAAAGAAAGAAAGAAAGAAAGAAAGAAAGAAAGAAAGAAAGAAAGAAAGAAAGAAAGAAAGAAAGAAAGAAGUUGUUAAAGAUCCUCCAGCUCUGUUUGGUUUUUCCCUGCAGGAAAACAGACGAAGAAGUUUGUGGAGAGGAAACAAAGUUUUUCUGAUUUGGGGACUUUUGUAUUUUACUCCAGACAGAGAGACAGACAGGGGGACAGAGAGACAGACAGAUUGAUAUUAAAAUCUCCCAUCUGUGUUUCAAGAGGCAGUGAGACACUCAGCAUCUGUCUGUCUGAGUACCGGAGGACGGAGGAUGUCACCGGGGUGUGUCGCCGCCCUUAGCCGGACCUGCGGCUCCCACGGUGGGCACACAGUGCUCUGACAGCCCGGGGCUGCUGCUCAUGGUGAAUCAGAACCAGAACCGGGACUGGAUUUAGAUCUGGAUGUGUAAACACGGAUUAAAACAGUGGAUUCGUGGUGGACUGAGCCAGGUUCAGGAUGUCCUCAGAGCUGGCUGUGGGUCUGGUCUUCAGGGUUCUGCUGCCCCUCAGUCUGACUGCAGGCUGGACCGCAGUCAGUCCACUUCACACAACUGAGAAGAAGAUUAAUACACUGACAAACAAAACACAAGAAUGUGUGGAAGCCAGAGGAGAGCAGGACUCCACCAGACCAGACCAGCCUGUGUGUUGCGGUAUAAUGGAUUCUCUCUGGUCUAUGUUGUCCUACUGUUGCUGGUGCCACUGCUGCCUGACCCCUCCUCCACCACAGGUAACACAAGUCGCUGUGUGACGGCGGUGUGUGUCUCCAGUUUCCUCUUCCUGUUACUACAGUGCUUCUUCCAGCUGACCACUGCAACACUGCAGCCUGAGUACAACUGUACGUCAUGGCAGAGAGCUCUUGGUCAGCUUGGCCUGGUGAGUCUGACAGGAAGUGAUGUUGGCUCAGUAGUGAGACAGGUGUUUCCGGAUAUCGGCGUGCUGUUCGUCGGUCUGCUGACCUGGAGGCUGAUUGUGAGACCAAGCGGUGACACACAUACACAGCCUCAACAGGACGAGGAUGAGCAUCAGGAGGAGGGGCUGAUGUUUGAGAGAGACUCGGUGCUCGGAGGGGAGGAAGAGCAGGAAGAUGAGGUGGAGGGAGAGGAGGAAGGCAGCAGAAACAGAGUUCUGGUUGAACUGGAGUCACUGGUUUGUAAAACCAGGCAGAUGGUGGGAAACAUGACAACGACUGGAGGAAAAGUCCUGCUGACAACUCUACUGGGCCUCACAGGUAUCAUGUUCCCCUCUCUCUCCUCCCUCCUCUACCUACUCGGUUUCCAGUUGUUGUGUACCUGGUGGGCAUGGUCUGGUCAGGUCCCACCCCUCCUCUUCAGGUGUGUGUCUGUGAUGUCACUGCUUUACUCUGCCUCCCACUUCCUGCUCCUUUACUGCUACCAGCUGCCGUCACUGCAGGAGGUGUGGCCUCCCAACUGCACAUCUGCCAGUGUGUUUGGUCUGGUGCCAGCAGUCUCUGUGGACUGUGGCACCCCCUGGAGGUUGCAGGUGAACCCUGAGCUCAGCUGGUUUCACUUCAGCAGUCCUCUGAUGCUGCUGCUUCUCUUUCACACAGUGGCCAGUCUGUGGAGGAACCAGCUGAUCAAUGGUGAAGGGGAGCUGGGCAUAGAGAGGGUGGAGUCAGCGGUCAGAGCAAGCUGUGACAUCAUCACUUCUACCACCAACCUGAGUGAUGAGGUCAGCGCUGACAUCACAGCAGACAGGCGGAGAGAGCUGUGGAGGAGAGCUCAUGAUCGGCCCGAGUGCAGAGAUGUGCUGCUGUCAUCAACCAAUGACAGCCCCUCAGACUCUUUUGUCCCACCGACACAGAGCACUGCCCUGGGACUGGAUGUUUCCUCCAUACCUCACUACUCUGUCAGCCAAUCAGACACGUUGGAGACCUGUGUUUUUGAAGGAGAUGGAUGGGAAGAGGAGGACGAGGUGAGGGGUGAGGAGGGCAGAGUCAGUGCUGCCUCCAUGGCCUUCAGCUUCCUCCUCAAACAGAGUUACAUCUGUGCUCUGAUCUCCAUGAUGGCCUGGUCCAUCACAUACGUGUCCUGGCUCACAUGUGUCUUGCUGCUGUGGUCGUGUGUCCUCUGGAUGAUGCGAGAGCGUCGCCAGUACACGCUGAUGUCAUCACCCUGGCUGGUUGCUUAUGGCAACCUGCUAGUCAUCCUGCAGUAUGUCUACAGCUUUCCCUCCAUACAGGAAGUCCCCGGACUGUUUCCCAGAAAAGAUGACCCCUGCAGGGAGCUCGCCUCCAAGUUGUUGUGUCUUUUGACCUUCUGGCUCCUGCUGCGUCAGGCAGUGACUGAGAAGAAAGACAGACAGACAGACACACAGCUGUCUACCAUCACUGUCCACAUGGAAGAGGAUCAGAGAACAGAUCAGGGUCUGCAAAAGAAGGAGGAAGAGGUCUCGUAUGAGGAGGUGCUGCUCCUGGGGGGAGGAGGAGGAGGAGUUCAGAUGGAGGCUCUGGUUGCCAUGGUAACCAGGAUGUUUGUUAAAUACUGGAUCUAUGUUUGUGGAACAAUGUUCUUCUUCGUUAGUUUCGAGGGAAAAAUCGUCCUCUACAAAGUCAUCUACAUGGUCAUGUUCCUCUGCUGCGUCGCCCUGUACCAGUUGAACUAUGAGCGCUGGCGUACCUUGCUCAGGGGUUUCUGGGUAGCUGUGGUGGUUUACUCAAUGCUGGUUUUGAUCCUGGUCUACACCUUCCAAUUCCCCUCGUCCCUCCACACCUGGAGUUACUACACUGGACUCAGCACACACAGGUUGGAGGAUGUAGGUUUAGAGAAGUUCUCGGUUCCUGUUCUCUUCACCAGGAUCUUCAUCCCUGCUGCAUUUUUACUGGUGUGUAUCGUUCACUUGCAUUACUUCCAUGAGCCUUUCCUGCAGCUGACCGACCUGAAGACUGUGGUAGACACGCACAACAGCACCAUCACCAGGUUGGUCCACUCUGAUGGUAGCCUGGUCGACCUGUCGGUGGGCGGAGCCCCUCAGCUCCUCCUGGAGGAGGAGAAGAGAGGAGGACAAACAGAGAAAGAUGACGAGACAGAAGACAAGUGGAUAAAUGAGGAAGAGGAGGAGGAACAGUACCCGUGUGUAUUUGACAGGGAAACCCUGUCUGACCACAUAACAGUGCUGGUGUCCUGGAGGUUAGUGGUGGAUCGUCUCUCUGUGUUGUUCCUGCGCCUCCUCCUCUCCCUCCAGCGCCUGCAGCGCCUCCUCUGGUGGCUCCUGGAACUACACAUCGUCAAGAUUGUCUCCUCCUACAUUAUCUGGGUCUCUGUGAAGGAGGUGUGUGUGUUUAACCUGCUGUUUGUGCUGUGUGUGGGCGUGGCUCUGCCCUGCAGGGCCUGGCGCCCCCUGCUGUCAGGAGUCUGUACAGUUUGGACCUGUGUGGUGACCGUCUGUAAGAUGCUGUACCAGCUCAAUGUCGUCCAACCAAUCAGAUACUCCUCCAACUGCACCAUGCCAGACAACUCCAGCAUCGACCUGUCUCGCUCUGUUUUGUACUCUGGUCCCGUUGAUCCCGCCCAGUGGUUGGGGCUUCAUAAGACAGAGGGAAAACUGCUAGACUACCUGAGGUAUAACCUGAUGAUGUUAGCGCUGUUAGCAUUCGAGGUGACCGUUUACCGACACCAGGAGCUCUACCGUCUCCGCCGUAACAAAGUCCCGCCCCCCACCAGAACGCUGUUUCAUGACAUCACGAGGCGUCACCUGGACGACAAUGUCCUAAGCUGUGUUAAAUACUUCCUCAACUACUUCUUCUACAAAUUUGGACUGGAGACCUGCUUCCUGUUGGCUGUGAAUGUGAUUGGUCAGCGCAUGGAUCUGUUUGCUGUAAGCCACGCCUUUGGACUCAUCACUGUUCUGUCACGGCGCAGCAGGAAAUGCAUCGCCUCUGUGUGGCCCAAGUACUGCUACUUCCUGUCAGGGUUGUUGUUUUUCCAGUACCUGCUGUGCAUAGGAUUCCCUCCUGCUGCCUGUAAAGAUUAUCCCUGGAGACCUCCGUCCUCCAACAUGGACUCCAACGUGGUGAAAUGGCUCUUCCUCCCUGAUCACCUGAUGCCACCAAACCCACUCUUCCUCCUCUAUGAUUUCUUGCUCCUCCUCGGGGCGUCACUGCAGCUGCAGGUGUUUGAGGAGGAACUUCAGUCGUCAGUUCAGAUCCUGGCAGGAGACAACAGUGAGCUGGAAGGAGAUGAUGGACAGAUUUUUGAUCUCAUCAGACGACUCCGUCUCAACACGGUCCCUGACUUCAUGCUGUGCAGGUCAUACCUGGACAUGAUGAAGGUUAUUAUCUUCAGCUACAUGUUCUGGUUUGUCCUCACCAUCAUCUUCAUCACUGGCACCACCAGGAUCAGUAUCUUCUGUAUGGGUUACCUGGUGGCCUGUUUCUACUUCUUGUUGGUGGGCGGAGAACUGCUCCUGAAACCAGUUAAAUCCAUCCUGGUGUACUGGGACUGUCUGAUUGGCUACAACGUGUUCGUCAUCACCAUGAAGAAUAUUCUGUCGAUCCUGGCCUGUGGUUUCAUUAAAUCAGUGGUGCUGAAUCACUGUUGGCUUAUUCAGCUUUUCAGCCUGGCCUGCACCAUCAAAGGAUACACCAAACCGGAGCAGCAGAGCAGUAAACAGUGUGAGUUGCCGAGUGAUGAAGCGGGGAUCAUCUGGGACGGCGUCUGUUUCUGUUUCCUGUUGCUGCAGAGGAGGGUCUUCAGGAGUCACUACUUCCUGUAUGUGGUCCUGGACCUGCAAAAUACUCAACUCUUGGCCUCCAGGGGGGCGGAGCUCUUCGAGGCAUCCACAGUGAAAGCCGUCAGAGCAAGACUGGAAGUGGAAAAGACGUCCAUGGACCUGCUAAAGAGACAGAUGGAAAGGAUCAAAUCUCGACAGCAGAAGUUUCGCAGAGGAAAAGAGAAAAUGUUGAGUUUGACCCAAGACAGCUUCCACACUGAUGGUCAGGAAAGCAAGAAGGGUCAGCAGCAGGAGUGGUGGAGACCCUGGGUAAACCAUGCCUCCAUGGUGAGGAGUGGUGACUACUACCUGUUUGAGACGGACAGUGAGGAGGAGGAGGAGGAGGAGGAGGAGAAGAAGGAGGAAGAGGAGAAGAAAGAAGAGAAGCUUCCUGACAAAUCAGCCUUUCAGUUUGUCUACCACGCUUGGAUCACUGAUUCCAGAACAGCCAUGAGAGCUCGCAACAACCAGGAGAAACUGUGGAAGAAUACGUCCUCUGAAAGAAGGAGCAGGAAGGAGGAGAAGAGAGGAGCAGCUGGGGUCAUAGAAGUGACAGAGGACACGGAGGAGUACAGAGAGGAAGAGGAGGAGAGAGAGGAGGGUCCAGACACUGUAUUGCAUCGGUUCUCCAACACACUGCGGUUCUGUUGGGUUCUGCUGUCGGCUCUUCUGGACUCUCUGACUGCCUGGCUCAGCAGCUUGUGUCAAGAACACAUCGACAUCUCCACUGUCCUCCGCAUUGAGCGCUGUAUGCUAACACAGCAGGCCAAACAGGGAAAUUUGCCCACCAGAGAGGCAAUCAACAUUUACUACCAAGAACAGAUGAUGACAACAUCCAGAGAGUUUGGUCUGGACUACAGUAUCCAGGAGGAAGAGGGGCAGUCCUCAGCAAUGAGAGGAGGGGAGGAGGAAGAAGAAGAGGGAGUAAGGCCUGGUACAGACAAAGAAGAAGCAGGAGGUCAAACAACAGAUGACAAAGCAGAAGAGGACCCAAUGUCAGGAAACAAAGCUCCAGAAGAUCCACAUAUUAAACCAGAACCAGAGCCGCAUUUAGGAGAGGAUGAUUCAACAGAUCCACAUACUGAAAGAGUAUUGGGAGACGAUCCUUGUGAACACACCAAAACACACAUAUUAGGAAGAUGUUGUUCAUGUAAAACAAAACCAGAAACUGUUCCAGGAAUAGAUCCACCUGAUACAGAAUCAGGGCCAGAUGGUCCUCAUGUACUAGAUGAAACCUCAGGGGCAGCAGAUGCUCCAGCUUCACGAGUUGAAGCAGAGACAGUACCAAUAGAAGGUGAUCCAGCAGUGGAAAACUACCCAGAAUGCAUGGUGGCAAAAACUAGCCAAAAAGCACGACCCAAACUGUCCAGGAUGGAGAGAGUCCAAUCUUCAUCUUCGUCUUUGUUUUCAGCCUCAGAUGAAGAAAAGAUCAGUGGAACACACAGUGAUGAAGAAUCGAACCAACAACUUCUUGUUGACACACAGCCAACUCACACCUUCACCAGCGCCUCUCCCCCCACCUCCCCCUCCUACCUCCUCCUACCCCCCUCCUACAGCCUCGUUCUUGGGCUGGACCUCCAGGAGGAGGAGACAUGGGAGCAUGAACAGGGGAGGAGGAGAAGGAGGGGGAAGGCGGAAACAGGAUUCAGGAAGCGGCUGCUGGUUCAGAUUCCAGGGACGAGAGGCAACUUCCUGUCUGACUCAGCCUCCACUUCCUGUCCACUGGUGUCUCGCACUCAAGAGCUGACAGCGAGCGAGCUGCUGAGGAACAGGACUUUCUACGACGAGGAGCUGGAGGAAUCGGACCGUUUCUAUGGUAAUCAGCCACAGCUGCUCCAGCUGUGCUACGCCCUCUAUAACAUCCUCGCAGCUAGGUCAGAAACGGUGUGUUACCUGGUAAUUGUGUUGAACCACAUGGUGUCGGCCAGCUGUCUGACAUUGGUUCUUCCUGUUCUGGUGUUUCUCUGGGCAACGCUCUCCGUCCCUCGACCCAGUAAAACAUUCUGGAUGACGGCCAUAAUCUACACUGAGGUUACUAUCGUGAUUAAGUAUUUCUUCCAGUUCGGUUUCUUUCCAUUCAACCAGAAGCUGGAGGUGGACCGAUCCAAACCGUUCCAUCCCCCAAACAUCCUGGGGGUGGAGAAGAAGGACGGCUAUGUCCUGUACGACUUGCUGCAGCUGCUCACUUUAUUCUAUCACAGAGCCACACUCAAGUGCCAUGGACUCUGGGACCAGACUGUUACCACGGAGAUUGACACGCUCCAACAAAACGACAACCAGGACAACUCCGCAGACGGUACCACCUCGAUUGACAUGGCUGACUCCGCCAAUACACUGCGACGACGAGGCAGGAGACGGACACGCUCCAGCUCCACCCAGCUGCGCUCUCCUGCAGGCAGUGUGAGUUCCAGACCUCAGCAACCCAGCAGGUUUGAUCUGCUGCUGGAGAAACUCAGAGAACUUUCCAUCAGAGCCAAGAAGUACUCUGUUAGCAGGUGUAUGUCUGUUUACCAUCCAGUAUGUCAGUUCUUCAGAGCUCUCGUCCAACCAGAAUACAGCGCUGUCACAGACGUUUACGUCCUCAUGUUCCUUGCAGACACGGUCGACUUCAUCAUUAUCGUCUUCGGGUUCUGGGCCUUUGGCAAACACUCUGCAGCUGCUGACAUCACUUCCUCCCUCUCAGAAGAUCAAGUUCCUGAAGCAUUCUUGGUGAUGGUCUUGAUCCAGUUUGGUACCAUGGUGAUAGACAGGGCACUGUAUUUGAGGAAGACUGUUUUGGGGAAGUUGGUAUUCCAGGUGAUUCUGGUUUUUGGGAUUCACUUCUGGAUGUUCUUUAUACUGCCGACAGUCACAGAGAGGCGUUUCAAUCAGAACCUGGUGGCUCAGCUCUGGUACUUUGUGAAGUGUGUAUACUUCGGUCUGUCGGCCUAUCAGAUUCGGUCUGGUUACCCAACACGAGUUCUGGGAAACUUCCUGACAAAGAGCCACAACUAUCUCAACCUUUUCCUGUUCCAGGGUUUCCGUCUGGUUCCCUUCCUGACAGAGCUAAGGGCAGUGAUGGACUGGGUGUGGACUGACACCACCUUGUCUCUGUCCUCAUGGAUUUGUGUGGAGGACGUUUACGCCCACUGCUUCGUCUUAAAGUGCUGGAGGGAGUCUGAGAAGAGAUACCCUCAGCCCCGGGGUCAGAAGAAGAAGCGGGUUGUGAAGUAUGGGAUGGGUGGUCUGAUUGUUCUGUUACUGAUCUGUAUCGUCUGGUUUCCACUGCUCUUCAUGUCGCUCAUAAAAUCUGUCGCUGGAGUAGUUAACCGACCGCUCGACGUCUCUCUGACCAUCACAUUAGGAGGCUUCCAGCCCAUCUUCACGAUGAGUGCGCAGCAGAAUCAGCUCAAAGAUCUGACUGAGGAAGACUUCAGCUCCUUCAUCAGCUCCUAUAGCUACACACCUAGUGCUUUGCAGUUCCUGGAGGCAUACAGUCGUGAGGAUGUGACGGUGGCAGAGCUGCAGGGCAGCAGUAACUCUCUGUGGACCAUCAGUCCUCCCAGCAGGCAGUACCUGAGUCAGGUUCUCAACCUGGACCAUUUCCCCCUCACUGUGUCCUGGACUGUUCAGAGGAACCUAAGUCUGGGGGCGAAGGCGGAGCUUGCAUCAGGUAAACAUGUGACCUACCUGGACAAUCAGACUCGUCUAGAGCUGAUCGAGCUGCUGAAUGGGACGAGGACUCUUCCUGUGGUGAUACAGGAAGUGUUUCCAUGUUUCAUCCGAGCUCCCAGCGACUCCAACGCCAAACCCAUCGAACAGCUUUACACAGAUGACCAAUACAAGGACAUUCUGCUGGCUCUAGAAAGGUCAACCAAUCAGAGCAGAGAGAUCCAGGAGUGGUGGAUUGUCGACCAACCGGCUGCCAGCCUGCUGCAGGUCGGGGCUUCCCUGAGUGACAGGAGGGAGGCAGGGCUUCAGCUGUUUGUGUUCAGUGAUAAAGUCAGUCCUCCAAGUCUGGGCUUCCUGGCUGGAUACGGCAUCAUGGGACUGUACGCCUCGGUGGUGCUGGUCAUAGGGAAGUUUGUCAGAGAGUUCUUCAGUGGGAUCAGUCACUCCAUCAUGUUCGAGGAGCUGCCGUGUGUUGACCGCAUCCUCAAACUCUGCACAGACAUCUUCCUGGUGAGAGAGACAGGUGAGCUGGAGUUGGAGGAGGAGCUUUACGCCAAACUGAUCUUCCUGUAUCGAUCACCAGAGACUCUGAUCAAAUGGACACGACGCUGACCUUAUUGAUCAUCACAUUCCUGAUCAGAAACAUCACACACCUGACAGUGAGCAGAGCAUGUGUUUCCUUCAGCGUUCUCUAAAUGUUACACAGGGAACCUUCAGGGAUUGUUCUCCAGACAUUCUCCAAACGUUAUUGUAAAGGACAAAGGGACAUCAGUGACGAUGGUUGUGGAGGAUUCAUGGAUUAGUGGAACAUUACCUGUUUGCUAGGUGAUCAAUAGGAGCAGCUGGGAGGCAGAGCUAAGGCUGACAACAACCAUCUAAUGAAAUCCAAACUGAUCUCCGUGGACAGUGUAAUGGGAAUAUUGUAAUAUUAAGAAUUGAUUACUGAUCAUCAAUAACUGCAGGGACAUGUCGCUUCCUGGAAAACCUGGAAUUAUAUAAUGUGGUUUUGAGGUCAUGGAAAAGUCCUGGAAAACAUUCGACCAAAAAGUCCUGCAAAAUAAAGAAGGACUGAAACUAGACUACGACUAAAUUUACUUAAUGUUAUAAGAACGUGUAUUCCAGGACCUUUUUCAUGACUUGAUGUUAGGGGACUCAAUAAAGAGGGAGUGACGUGUGAAUUGACAAUAGAAGAAACCAAAGAGUGCCACAGCUGAUUUCAUUUAUGUUUACAGGAGUAUUUAUCUUAGUACUAUGUUUAUUUUGGCUGUGACUAGGUCUGUGUUAACAUCACCUGUACUUUAAAGUUGUGUUACUCAAGCUUCGUUAUAGCCUAAUACUUCUCAUUGUAAAAUUAACCUUGACCUCAAACUACAUCAUGUUGGGUCCUUGAUUUUGAGGGAAUUUGGCCUGGAAAGUCUGAAAAGUCCUUUGAUGUUGAAUUUGAUGUUUAAGAAGAUGUGGGAACCCUAUUUCUGCAUAAGGUCUAUGGGUCCAUUCUAUGUUAGCUCCAUUUUAGAUCUACAUUAGCUCUACAUCAGAUCUAUGUUAGUUCUAUGUAAGUUCUACAACAGAUCUAUGUUAGCUCUACAUCAGAUCUGUUAGUUCUAAGUAAGUUCCACGUUAGGUCUAUGUUAGCUCUACAUGUGACCUAUGUUAGCUCUACAUCUGAUCUAUGUUAGUUCUACAUCAGAUCUAUGUUUGUUCUACAUUAGAUCUAAUGUUUGUUCUACAUAAGACCUAUGUUAGUUCUACAUCAGAUCUCUGUUCUACAUUACAUCUAAUGUUAGUUCUAGAUUAGAUCUACAUCAGUUCUAUGUUAGUUCUACGUUGGAUCUAUGUUCUACGUUAGAUCUAUGUUAGCUCUAUGCUAGCUCUACGUUAGCUCUAUAUUAGUUCCACAUCAGAUCUGUUAGCUCUACAUCAGAUCUAUGUUAGUUCCAUGUUUGUUCUACAUUAGAUCUAAUGUUAGUUCUACAUAAGAUCUAUGUUAGUUCUACAUCAAAUCUCUGUUCUACAUUAGAUGUAAUGUUAGCUCUACAUGAGAUCCAUGUUAGCGCUACAUCUGAUCUAUGUUAGUUCUACAUCAGAUCAAUGUUAGUUCUACAUUAGAUCUAUGUUAGUCCUACAUUAGAUCUAUGUAAGUUCUACAUUAGAUCUAUGUUAGUUCUACAUUAGAUCUUUUACAUCAGAUGUUAGUUCUACGUUAGAUCUGAGUUAGUUCUACAUUAGAUCUAUGUUAGCUCUAUGUAAGCUCUACGUUAGGUCUGUUAGUUCUACAUCAGAUCUAUGUUAGUCCUACUUUAGAUCUUUGUUAGUUCUACAUUAGAUGUAUGUUAGUUUUACAUCAGAUCUAUUCUAGUUCUACGUGAGAUCUAUGUUAGCUCUAUGUUAGCUCUAUAUUAGACCUGUGCACAGGUGGGAGAUGAGCAGAGGUAACUCACUGAAUCAGUAGGAAUGAUCAAGGUGCAAGACAUCAUGCCCUUACAGGUGGAUACAGGGAGCUGUCAAUCAACCGAGUGUAGACACAAUGACCAAUCAUAGGAAGAUAAGUGGAAACAGCUGUUCAAGUCUUCACCUGACACUGGAAUAACAUACAACAAAGGCCCAAUCCCAACGUCCCCCCUGAACCCUGAACCCUCCCAGACUUCACUGACGUCACUUGGUGAGUUAUUGAGUGUGAGAGGCUGCAGGGCUCAGAGUGGUGUAAAGAGGAAUGGGACAACACUUAUAUCACGUUACCUUGACAACACCAAAACAUUAGCUUCCAUUGUGGGCUUUGGGACAUUUGUUUUGUACAUGGGACUGGGGCUUACACUUAGUCCACAUUUCCUUCUGGUGACAGAAAACUGGAGGUAAAUCAUAGAUGUAGAGGAAAUACAAUGAACCCAGUUGUUUUUGAAGGUUUUCUGACUGACAUUAAAUGUAAACUCAGUGUUUUCUUGUGAAGAUCUGAAACAAACAGUGAAUAUGUAAAAAUAAAAGACUUCUGUUGA